GAGACGUCUCAGUCAGUUCGCCGUGUGGAGACAGUUCGGACGGAGGGGAACAGAGCCCGCUCGAGUGAAUGUGCGUGGACCAUCAACAGCGCGCCGCAGCCUGCUCGCCCCGUGCGCACGCGUGCUCCGCCCGGCGCGGUGUAACCGAGACACGCGUGUGAUUCUUUUUUUUUUUUUAAUUUCUAUCUUUUUUAAGGGGCUUGUUUUUUGUUAUUGUUGUUGCAUGUCAGGAGGCUCGGAGCUGCUGUACGCCGGCUCUGCGGCUGUUUGUCUGCGCUCACCGAGCCCCCUCCCUCCUCCUAUGGGACUCUAAUUAAUCGGAGGCAUGUGGACUCGCACCAGGAUUAGACAUCGCUUACUAAUAGUGUGCCUGCUGUUGACGUUAUGGGCCAAGGCGUCCCAGUCAACAGGCUAUUUCGAGCUGCAGCUGAUCUCAUUCGAGAAUGUGAACGGCGAGUUGGCGAGCGGGGAGUGCUGCGACGGCUCCAGGAGCUCCCAUGAGGAUCUACGCUGUCUGGAGGACGAGUGUGACACUUACUUCAAGGUGUGCCUCAAGGAGUAUCAAGUGGACAUCACCACUGGAGGGCCCUGCACCUUCGGAACUGGAUCUACACAAGUUCUUGGUGGAAAUAUGUUGAAUUUUCAGAAUGCAAAGAACAAAAUCAGCGACGCUGGCAAAAUUGUGAUCCCCUUCCAAUUUGCAUGGCUGCGAACGUACACCUUAAUCGUUGCGGCCUGGGACUGGGACAACACUACCCGGAACAAUGACGACGAGCACCUGAUUGACCGCAGCGCCCACACCGGGAUGGUGAACCCCGGUGACCCCUGGAAGACGGUGAACUACGACGGGCCCGUGGCUCGCAUCGUUUACCGAAUCCGUGUGCGCUGUGAUGAGAAUUACUACAGCAACAAGUGCAAUAAACUGUGCGUUCCUCGCGACGACUACUUCGGCCAUUAUCGAUGUGAGCAGUCGGGCGCCCGGGUUUGCUUGGAAGGCUGGAUGGGUCCCGAAUGUAAGACAGCAAUCUGCAAGCAAGGUUGUAAUCUCCUUCAUGGUGGUUGCGCCGUUCCGGGGGAAUGCAGGUGCAACUACGGCUGGCAGGGUCAAUUCUGCGAUGACUGUGCCGUAUUCCCCGGAUGCGUCCACGGCACUUGCAACAUCCCCUGGCAGUGCAGCUGCGAGAGAAACUGGGGUGGCCUGUUGUGCGAUAAAGAUCUCAACUACUGCGGUCGCCACCAGCCAUGUAUCAACGGGGGCACAUGUAUGAACACUGAGCCUGAUGAAUACUAUUGCGCGUGUCCAGAAGGCUACUCGGGCAAGACGUGCCAGAUAGCUGAGCACGCCUGCGUUUCCAGUCCAUGUGUAAACGGUGGUACAUGCCACGAAGGUCCCUUAGGCUUCGAGUGCCAGUGUCCACCAGGCUGGGAAGGUCCAACCUGUGCAGACAAUUUCGACAACUGUGCUUCCAAUCCAUGUGCCCGCGGAGGAACCUGCAUCGACCGGGAUGUUGGCUUUGAGUGUGUGUGCCCACCUGAGUGGGAAGGAAAGACCUGCCAGAUUGAUGCUAAUGAGUGUGCAAGAGAUCCGUGUCUGAACGCUAAUUCUUGCAAAAAUUUGAUUGGCGGAUAUCACUGCGACUGUUUUCGGGGAUGGUCCGGACAAAACUGUGACAUCAACCUGAGCAGCUGUCACGGUCAAUGCCAGAAUGGCGCAACAUGCAAGAACGGCCCACGCGGUUACCACUGCCAGUGCCCACCAGGCUUUGUGGGUUCUCACUGUGAAAUCCAAAGAAAUAAGUGUGAGAGCAGACCGUGUCAGAAUGGAGGCCAAUGCCAUUCUGUCUUAGGGGGCUUUGUGUGCCAGUGCCCGAUGGAGUUUGCUGGACAACUGUGUGAGAUCCACAUCUCGUCUCCUUUGGAUGCAUGUGAUCCAAACCCGUGCAAGAACCAGGCCAAGUGCCACAGUAUGAUCCAGGACUUCUACUGUGCAUGUCCUGAGGGCUUUGAGGGAAAAACCUGUGAGCAACCUAAAGUGGACUGCAAAACCACCCCAUGUCAAGUUAUCGACAGCUGCACUGUUGCCAUAGCGACCAACGACUCCGCAGAAGUGCGCCACAUCUCCUCGAACGUCUGCGGACCUCGAGGGCGCUGCGUGAGCGGGCUGACUGGCAACUUCACUUGCAUCUGUGAUCCGGGGUUCAACGGCAUCUACUGUCAUGAGAACAUAAACGACUGCCUCAAAAGCCCAUGCAGGAAUGGAGGAACCUGCAUCGAUGGCGUCAAUUCGUUUCAGUGCUUCUGUCCUGACGGCUGGGAGGGAGAACUUUGUGAUCUCAAUGUCAACGACUGCAGACACAACCCGUGUAAAAAUGGCGGCCGCUGCCUCGACCUUGUCAACGACUUCUACUGCGAGUGUGCCGACAACUGGAAGGGCAAGACCUGCCAUUCCCGUGAGAGCCAGUGUGACGCAACCACAUGCAGUAAUGGGGGUACGUGCUAUGACCACGGGGACACCUUCGGCUGUUCCUGCUCACCUGGCUGGGGAGGAAACACAUGCAACAUGGCCAAGAACAGCACAUGCGCCUCCAGUCCUUGCUUGAAUGGCGGAACCUGCGUGGGAGGAGUUGACACCUUUACGUGCAUCUGCAAAGAAGGCUGGGAAGGACCCACCUGCAGCCAAAAUACAAACGACUGCAACCCUCAUCCGUGUUACAACGGCGGGAUCUGCGUGGACGGAGUCAACUGGUUCCGAUGCGAGUGCGCCCCUGGCUUUGCCGGGCCGGACUGCCGAAUCAACAUCAAUGAGUGCCAGUCUUCACCGUGUGCCUACGGCGCAACUUGUGUGGAUGAGAUCAACGGUUUUCGCUGCAUCUGUCCACUCGGUAGAACGGGAGUCCGAUGUCAAGAAUUCAUAGGUAUUGGGAAGUCAUGUCACUACGCCGGGCUUCAGUUUCCUCAUGGUAGCCGAUGGGAGGAGGAGUGCAACAGCUGCUACUGCGGCAACGGAAAAGUGGACUGCACAAAGGUUGAUUGCGGUCGACGGCCCUGCCGCCUCCAAUCCUCGGACCAGGACCCGAGCGGUCAUUCUUGCCCCGCUGGACGUGAAUGUGAAGCACAUCGAUACCUCACGUGUUUUUCAGCCCCUUGUCAUCAGUGGGGGGUUUGCUCUCAAGCGCUCACGCAAACAAGCACCAAAUGUCAGCCAAACAGCGGCUACCUGGACAACAACUGUGGUCGCAUCACGUUGGUUUUUAACAAGGACGAAGUCCCACUGGGAACAACAGUGGAGAACAUCUGCUAUGAGCUUAGGUAUCAUCCUAGCAUUCGGACUUUGGCAAAAGACCACUCUCUCCUCCUGCUGUGUGAUCUGUCUCACUCCAGUCAGGAUGCUGUCAAAGUGGCCUUAUCUUUCCAGCCUGAAGAUCUGGCCGACAACAGCCUGAUACAGGAGACGGCCAACACCAUCGUGGGCACCUUGUCGAAGAGGAACAACAGCAGCAUCAUGUUGGCGGUCAUUGAGGUCAAAGUGGAAACGCAGGUCACAUCGCAUUCAAUGGACUACCUGGUGCCUCUGCUGUGUGUUGUCUUCGGUUUGCUCUGCCUCUUCUGCAUCAUUGUUUCCGUUUGGUGGACUCGCAAACGAAGAAAAGAGCGAGAAAGGAAUGUGCGCUUACCCGUUGACGACAGCGUCAACAACCACUGGGAGCCGCUUCGGCUUGUGGCCGAACGCCAGCAGCAGCAGCAACAACAGCAGCAGCUGUUAAAGGAGAGCAACAGGGAGGCCGAGCAGGAACGCAGAAAGCUCAUGGGACCCUCCUAUCGGACGUGUGACGAAGGGGAGGUGGAGGAUGAGGAGGAGGAGGAGGAGACGGAAGGUGAGCUGGAGGAAGAGCUGUGCGGAGCCAUGGCGGGGAAGCAGCCGGUUUAUAAGUACUCAAAGACUGCAGUGCAGUCGAGUGGGGGGCUGAUCUGCACCACGCGCACCUCAAGUUCACCCCUCAAAGCGCCACACCGGACCCCAGGCUACAGCCCCAAAGACAACCGCUGGAAAAAUGUCAGCGCCGUCAUGACUGGCCAGAAAGAUGUCAGAGACCAUUGUGUAUAAGACAUUUCAAUUAGAGACUCUUUAAGUGGAAGUGACUUCCUUUCCUUUUUUUUUUUUAUUUUUUAUUUUUAUUUUUUUUUUUUGGGGGGGUGGGAGGGGAUACUGACUACCUUUUGGGAAGAAGAAGGCUUUGUAUUUCAAUAAGCCAUUAUUUGCUUUGUCAUUUUCACCUGACAUUGUUUUGAUUUAAGGCAGCACAGUGGACUUUUUUUUUUUUUUUUUUUUAAUUUUGCUUCUCUUUGUUUCUUAAUGUUCUGCCGAAGUGAAAUGUAACCGUUUUCAGGAGGUGAAAAAGAAGCCUGCUGCAAUUUUUGUUUGUACAAAUAACAAAGAAUCUUAGGGAAGAAGUAGAAAAGAAAAAAAAAAAAAUCUGUUUCGGUUGUUUAUUUCAAAGACUGUUGAAGCUUUGAAUAUGUCCGCAGGCGUCUGUGAUGGACAGAUACAAAUUUAAAGCACCCGGAAGGGUUUGAUUGGGUUGUUGCUGUCAUAACAAUAGAGCAAAACCCUUCCUGGGUUUUACCCUCAAAUCCCGCCUAAGGCCAUCACACGCCAGCCUUACCAAAACACACAUCUUGGGGAAGGGAGGGGUGGGGUGGGUGGGGGGAUUGGACAGAAACCCCGGUGCCUACUAUGUGGCCUUCAAUUACGUAGUCCUGUCUCUCAGUUGUUGUGGCUGAAAGCUCUGUUUGAGGAUUUCUUUUGCAGUAUUUGAGUUGGUAGCAAGUGCCUUUCUACGAGCCCACCGGAGGCUCCAAGUCGCGCUGCCCAGUUUGACCUCCUUGUUUCCAAAUCUCAAAUGUCUACGUGUGCAUUUAAAGAGUUCCAUUUCACAGCAAUGCCAUUCAAGGUAUUUGAUCCAAACAGAAAUGAUUACUCUGUACAUAUGUGUAUAUAGAACAAAAAGGAGUCGCUGUGUAUAUUUGAAAUAAGUAACUUAAGACAAGUCACACAUUUUUAUUAUUAUUAUUGUUAUUAUGAUUAAUAUUAUUUUUAUUUUUUUUUUACAACGCCAUUCCUUUUAUUUAUGCCAGUCAAAAUAGGCAGGUUUUUGUAUUAUGUCAUAUCCAGAGUCACACAGUAAAGAACCUUUACAAUGGGGUACCGCUGAUGAAGGACUUUUUGAAGGGUUUAAAAAUGGUUUGUUGCUGGGAACUUUACGGACUUUUUUUCCCCUCCUGAUUUUUAGUUGCGGUGGUACUUUGCUACUACGUAGAGAAUAAUGUUGAAUACGAGGCCGAAUCGUUCAUUUGGAAUGUUCCAAUCCGUGCUGCGUUUUUUUUUCCUUGUUCAAAUGUUCAUUUAUUCUAACUCACGAUUAAAAGUGUUUUUUUUUUUGCUCAGUCAGGAUUUGGCCCAUCCUAGCAGCCUUAAAUUGGUUCACCAGUGCAACAAGAACCGUUUCUAAGCCCAUCAUAAAUCUUUUUGGUUUCAGGUGCCUUAAUGUAUUGCGUGAUGCAUUAUUUGUGUAAUCAGUUGUCAUCAUUUUAUGUUUUUGUUUUGUUUUCACAAGUAACUCUUUGAAACAUUGUGUUGUAUUGUGGCGUGUUUUAUUCGCCUUCGUAAAGUGCUUUCCUUGUCUCACUUUUCUUUCAUGGAGAUUUCUGGCUAAUACAAUGACAGAAUUGAAAAGGAAGAAGGCGAAACAAAGGGGGAAAAAAAAAAGUUAUCCACGAUGGCUCUUUUUAAGUGUCAUGAUUGUGGAUAGAAAGUAGGUCAGAUAUGGAUAAAACGCAUUAUUUUCAUGAUUGGUUUCAAGGCUUUAAUGAAGGGAACAAUGUUUGCGUUAUGUUACCUUGCAAGUUUGUUUGUUUCAGUUACCAACUCAGUCCAAAAAUGGCUCAUAUCAAAGUUGAACCCAUUUUUCAUAACAUGUAAGACCAUCAUGCUUUCUGUUAAUGGGACACAGCAAAAAUAAAGAAUUAAAGUGGCA